CUUAGAGUUUCCUUUAUUUUUUAGUUGCGAAGGAUUGUAUUAACCAUGCUGAAGGCGGAUUUUCUCGUCUCUUCGUCUUAUAAGUAAUAAAAAUAAGAAAACUAAGAAACAAACCCUUAAAUGACAACGACGACGACGACCUACGGAACGUGCGUCAAGUCGUCUUCAAAAAUGAACUCUCGUCCGUGUUCCAGAGUUUAUCAUAUUUCAUUUCCUUUUGAAAAAGAGAAGUCACUGCAUUGAAAGAGUUCCAACUUAUAACACGGAGAUUCACCUAACACCAACUACCUUCACUCUAUUCACCAUUUUAUUUUUAUUUCAAGGACGUCAAUCACACAGGAUAAGGUACUAAAUCCUGUGAAAUGAGAGUUACCAAGAUUUUCCUUCGUUACUAUCCCCCAGGUCUUGGAUUCAGUUGUCGCAGUCUUGAAGGCACUGAGAGUACCAGGCACAUUGACUUGCUAGACUUGGACACAAAGACAAAAGUUGAUCAAGUCAUUAAGGAAAUAUGCACGAAGGAACAAUGGCUGACGAAUCAGCCAAUUAAGCUAAUGCUGGAGGAUGCCAUCCAAAAGUUGCAAACAAAAUUGCGGGAACCAACAAAGAAGAAGUUUUACCUCUAUCGCAAUGUCCAAUCACACAUUCUACCCUUAACGAAUGUGUGCUUCGAUAGGAACGGUGAGCGAUGUUUAACCGGAAGUUACGAUAGGACGUGUCGAAUUAUAAAUACCCAAGAUGGCAGGGAAGAGAACUCGUUACAGGGUCAUAGUAAUGUUGUAUUUUCUGUUGGCUAUAACUUUCCAACAUGUGAUAGAAUUGUGACGGGUUCCUUUGACAAAACAGCAAAAAUCUGGAAUGCACGUACAGCCGCUUGCCUAACCACUCUACCCGGCCACACGGCCGAAGUAGUCGGAGCCGAAUUCAAUCCCAUGGGCUUGGAUACCAUAGCAACUGCAUCCAUCGACAACACCGCAAAGGUAUUCUAUGCUGAAACUGGCCAAGAGCUAAUGUCUCUUAACUCUCACGGAGCCGAAGUCAUUUCCGCCAGAUUUAAUCGAGAAGGAAAUUUAUUGCUAACCGGAUCAUUUGACCACACCGCCGGACUCUGGGAUACACGCGCUAAUAUGAGUGUGGCCAGUUUCCGUGGGCAUACGGCUGAGUUGAGCAAUUGCAUUUGGAAUUUUACAGGCGAUUUAAUCGCCACCAGUUCAUUAGAUUCGACCGCCAGAAUUUGGGACUUGCGAAAUGCUGACGAAUGCCUCUUUGAAAUCACAGACCAUCGUGACGAGGUUUUAGACAUUGCAUUCGAUUGCACUGGAAAGCUGCUGGCUACCGGAGGAAGCGAUUGCACGGCCAGAGUAUGGAGCAUGAGAGGGGAACUGAAUUUGAUGGCACUCAUGGCUGGCCACAGUGAUGAGGUGUCCAAGGUGUGCUUCAGUCCACCCGGAAAAGUCCUAAUGACUGCCUCCGUAGACCAAACUGCACGUCUGUGGCUGACCGAGAGUGGGAUUUGUUCGCAAGUCCUCUCCGGACAUGAGGCAGAGGUGUUCUCGUGUGCGUUCAGCUAUGCUGGUGAUAUGAUUGUAACAGCUUCCAAAGACAACACUUGUCGACUCUGGAGGUGAUACGAUUGGUACACUGUCAACUUCAAUGUCAACGAUAGUGAUAACGAUGGAGAUGGAGAUGGCGAAGGCGAUAGAAUGGAUGUGGAUGGGAAUACAAGUGGGUAUAGGGACAAAUAAAUGAGCACAAGCAUAUCGAUCCGUUUUCGAAAGCAUUCAUGUGAAAUUGAACCAAAUAAGAACAAUAAUUCUGCUUCCAUAACAUCAUCAUCAUCGGAGAGGAGCGACGAAUGAAAUCGCCUUCGGCUUCGGGUUGGGAACUGGGAUAAGCAACUGCCUGUCGAAUGACGAUGGAUGAAGGCCUUUGGGAGAAACCUUUCCAAUGUGAUUGCCACAUCGCAUCACAUCGGGGAAAUUCCCAUUUCGCCUUUGGUACUCGUACAUAUCAGACUUUUAUAGAUGAUUAUGAUAGCCAUGUAUGACUCAAGGGAUAUCCGACUAUAGAAUUUGAUUCUAAAGGACAUAGAAGCUGUAUAAAUAAUACGUCAGCAGAUCCUGGAAUAUAUGGUAUUCCUUUUACGUUUUUGUCCCAUACGAACCCCCAAAACCCAUCCCACCUUAGUUCGAACUCAGUUGAGUGAAAGAAUGAAAGUUUUUUGUGAAUAGUGCGUGCAUGUAAUAAAAUUGAUUAGUUUUUGAAUCUGAAAAUUUGA